UUGGAUUCAAAAACAUGGCGGCGGUGUCGGCGUUUUAUUUCGUCUUUUUAUUUUUCUGUUUAUCGUCGCUGAUGACGGUAUUUGUGUGCGUUGGACUGCCUUUUAAAGCCAAGGGAUCGCCAGUGAUUCUCAUCCCUGGGGAUGGAGGCACUCACAUGCUUGGUAAACUUGACCGACCAAAAGUAAAGCACUACUAUUGCCGUCAACGUACCAGUGACUAUUUCAAUAUAUGGCUGAAUUUAGAAGAAUUGGUUCCUUACAUAAUUGAUUGCUGGUCUGAUAAUAUCAAGUUAACAUAUAACAACAAAACAAGAAGGACCACAAAUCAAAUCGGAGUGGAUGUCAAGAUACCACAUUUUGGUAAUACUAGUUCAGUGGAAUGGCUGGACCCUAGCAAAGUAUCAUAUGGUUCCUAUUUUGCACCGCUCGUUGAUAAGCUGAUUACUUUGGGAUAUGAAAGAGGCAUUACAGUGAGAGGAGCCCCAUAUGACUUCAGGAAAGCACCAAAUGAAGGCGAAGUGUUCUUUAAAAAUCUCACCAAUCUGAUUGAAGAAACUUACAAGAAGAAUGACAAUAAGAGAGUGGUGCUAGUGACACACAGCAUGGGAGGACCCUAUGCAUUGUAUUUAUUGAACCACAAGUCACAGGAAUGGAAAGAUAAAUACAUCAAAUCCCUGACAUCUCUUGGUGGUCCAUGGACAGGUGCUGUUAAAAUUGUCAGGGUAUUUACAUCAGGGGACAAUCUUGGAACCUUUGUUGUAAAUGCCUUGGAAUUGAGACCAGCACAAAGAACGUACCCAAGUUCAGCAUGGCUGUAUCCAAAUGAUAAGUUCUGGGAUUCCAAACAAGUUGUCGUAGAGACGCCGACUAGGAACUACACUCUGGGUGAUCAUAAACAGUUAUUCAAAGACUUGGGAAUACCAUACGCAUAUGAUAUGUGGUUAGACACAAAGGAUUUGAUUGGUUCUCUCACUGCACCAGGAGUUCCCGUUUUCUGUUUGCAUGGCUCUGAAGUACCAACAGGAGAGAAAUUUAUCUAUGAUGAUAGUCACAUAUUCCCUGAUGAUCAGCCAAUUAUCUUGACUGGGGACGGUGAUGGCACUGUUAACAUGAAGAGUCUGAAAGCAUGCUUGUUGUGGAAAGACCAACAAAAGCAUCCGGUGCUGGAGAAGGGAUUUCCGGGAAAUGAACACGUCCAUAUGCUACAGAAUAAUACUGUAAUUGAUUACAUAAUUAAAAAUGUACUGAUGACCCCAGAUAACCUCUGA